GCGGCCGCUGCCAAAAGGGAAGUGAGCCGGGGCUGGAGCGAUGGCCCGGGUGUGGAACCUGCGGCCGCCGCUGCCGCUAGCAGCCCGUCACGAGCAGCCGCGACUGCAGCCGCAGCGGGGGCCGGAGUCGCGGCUGGAGUGGAGGCGGUGCGUGUGAACGGCCGAGAGUCGCCCGUGCCGAAACACCUCCGAGUCGGGGCGGGAGCGCUUCAGGUGGGCUAAAGUCGAGGUCGACCCCUCGCCCCGGCCAGCCGCGCUCUCCACGCCAGAGCUGGGGGGGCUCCUGGCGCGGAGCCCGGCGCUGUCGGUCUCGGCUGCCUUCACAAGUCGGGCCAGAGGUCGGUGAUCCUCAGAGCCGGCCGUAUUCUCGGCGCCCAGGCUGGGUCAGGGUUGUAGCAGCUGGGCGCCCUCUCCUGUGGGCCCCCCCUCGCCAGCCAGGCGACCCCCGCGCCUACCCGGUCUCGGUCGCCUCUCCCGUGCAAGAACAAGUUUCAUUUCCCCUGUCCGGUGAAUAUCCUGCUCUGGAAGUCUUAACACCGAGCUGUCCUUCCCUAGUGCCCGGAGUCCCCUUCGAAAUAGUCUCUGCUUCUCAGAGCCGGGAAUCUCGUCCUUGUCCUGCCAUUGAGAGAUGAAGGAUGCCCCCUAACACCCUCUUAAGUAAAUGACUCCAUGCCCAGGUCCUGAGCCAUUCGGAUCCCCACCUUUGGUGCCAUCUCCGUGACUCCUGACUCCGUGACUCCGUCUGAAUUCCAGUUUCCUCUGGGCUCCCGUCUCCAGCACCAGCGGAUCUGGUCAGUCCCACCCGGGGUGGGAGUGACCAGAGGGCUCUGGCCCAGAAUUUCCCACCCUGGAAGGCAGCCCCAAGACUGGGAGAGAACUGGGCGUUGGGUACGAACCCGGCAACCCGGGAGCGGGUGCCCCACUCACCCCGCACAAGAAGAUGAAGAAGCGCAAAGAACUCAAUGCACUGAUCGGCUUGGCCGGGGACAGCCGGAGAAAGAAGCCCAAGAAAGGCUCCGGCCACCGCCUGCUUCGCACUGAGCCGCCUGAUUCAGACUCCGAGUCCAGCUCUGAGGAGGAAGAAGAAUUCGGUAUCAUUGGAGGUCGCUCUGGCUUCGUCAAGGGAGACUACGUCCGCUGCUGCAAGAUCUGUUAUCCCCUCUGUGCUUUUGUCAUCCUUGCUGCCUGUGUUGUGGCCUGCGUCGGCUUGGUGUGGAUGCAAGUGGCUCUCAAGGAGGAUCUGGAUGCUCUCAAGGAAAAAUUUAGAACAAUGGAAUCUAAUCAAAAGAGCUCAUUUCAAGAAAUUCCCAAGCUUAAUGAAGAACUAAUCAGCAAACAAAAACAACUUGAGAAGAUUGAGUCUGGAGAACUGGGCUUGAAUAAAGUCUGGAUAAACAUCACGGAAAUGAAUAAGCAGGUUUCUCUGUUAACUUCUUUGGUAAACCACCUCAAAGCCAAUGUUAAAUCAGCUUCAGAUUUAAUUAACCUGCCCGCCACUGUGGAGGGUCUUCAGAAGAGUGUAGCCUCCAUUGGCAGUACUUUAAACAGUGUCCAUCUUGCUGUGGAGACAAUACAGAAAACUGUGGAUGAACACAAGAAAACCAUCGAGUUGUUGCGGAGUGAUAUGGAUAUCCUGUACCUUCACGACUCCUUAGAGGAGGUAAACAGUACCCUAGUGGGGUACCAGAGACAGAAUGAUCUUAAACUCAAGGGGACGAAUGAGACAGUCAGUAAUCUUACCCAGAGAGUCAACUUGAUCGAAAAAGAUCUGGUUGCUAUGAGCAAGGUAGAAAAGCAAGCAAACCUGUCCUUCAGCCUGAAAGAAGAUAUUUCAGACUCUCAGGUAUCCAAGCUCAGAGAAAAACUGAAGUUGAUCAGUGCUCUCACAAACAAACCUGAGAGCAACAGGCCUCCAGAGACCAUCAGUGCAGAUCUUCAAGAUUUAUUUCACAAGACUGGUCAGGACGUGAAUGGGAAGCUGACCUAUCAGGAAAUAUCGAACUCUUUAGGUUCUGCUGUGCCAGAGCCCGAGAGCUUCAGAGUGUUUGAUUCCAAUGGAGAUGGAAGAUAUUCACUCCCGGAGCUAAAAGUAGCAUUAGGUGUCUAGCUUCAGCAAGUGUAUUUUAGAAAUGGAUCUAUAUCCUGGACUACCUAAUGUCUACACUUCUAACAAACACAACCCUGUGACUUACCCAGCAAUCAUCUGAUCCUCCAAACUACUGUAGCAGACACAUUACCACCUUUUAACCUGUUUGGAAAAGCUAUAUAAAAGUUAUUUUUUUAAAGAAAGAUCACUUAAGAUAUUUAGAAAUUUAUGAUUUUUUGAAAUCAGUAAGAUCUUAAUUUUAAAAUUAACCAGAAGAAAGUCAAGCCCCUUUUUUGCUUUUUCCUUUUCCUUUUUUUUUUUUUUUUUUUGAGGAAAGGAGACUAUCUUUUAAAAAUGGAAAAUGUAUAUAUAGAGAAUAAGCCACCUUUUAUAUUUCACAUAAAUUUGCCUUAAAUUAGCUGCACUUUAUACAGACUCAGAAAAUGUCUUUCCUUUAAAAGAUAGACCCUUGCUCUUUGUAAAUAUUUAAAAUGAAAGAAUUAUGCGUAUUUUCUGGGAAGUAAAAGGUGGGUUUGAAACAGGAUGUAAAUACAUGACUUAUUUAAAAAGAUGACUAAUCUGACCUGGUAGUCGCUGAAGCUCUGUCCACAUCUCCUUAAGGAUAGCCACAUUUAUUUAGCCUGGUGGCAGGGAGCAGGUUUAGGGAAUGGACUUGGGCUGCAGUGCUGCCUUCAGGCUCAGGAAAGGAAGAUUCUGACUCCUGUUCCUCUCACCCAGCCCCAACCCGUGAACCAGAGAAGUCUGGUUGAAAGUUUUUCUCACUUUCACUUCUAUUUCAGGAUUUAUGAGCACAAAAUAUUCUGUGGAAAACUGCAUUUGCCUCUCGAGUCAGGCAGAUCCGCUUCCCCAUCCACCCCUCAUGUCAGUCUUAAAGCUGGAGAGAAUGGGGCCAGUGGCAAACUGGCAAGAGCAAAGAGAGCUCUGCCCAGGGCAUUUGGCAGCCAGUUUCCAGGUGGGAGAGGCCUGUGGUCCCUGGGUCCCCACUUCUGCUCUCUGGGCCCUUCCUCAUGUUGCCUGUUAAGGGGAAAGGAUUGUUUUAAGGGAAAGUGCAGCCACCUUCCAGCUAUGCUAGAUUCAAAGAAGUUAGCUUCUAGCAUGUUGGCUUUAAUGGUCAGAAGUAGUCAUCAGAAUUGUUUCUUUUGCCAAGAUGGCACAGAAAAGUAAUUCCUCAAAAAAAAAAAGGAGAGUCCUAUUAGGAAGGUACCCAGGAAUAGCAGGUGUUGAUCACAGUUACUUAAAGGGAGGAGAACUCUGUAGACCCACCGAAACAUGAGUUAGUUAAAGCUGUGGCUGACCUCAAAUAUGUUCAUUCUGGAUGCAGGACUGAAGUCCCUCCAUCACUGUUUCAGCUUUAGAAGAGAGCUAAUACUAGCCUCUCAUUGUGACCCAGGAAACUCCUUGAGAUUGUACCUGGGGGCUAGCCAAAAAAUCUAAUGUGUUUCUCUGUCGACUGACUGAAACCAAAAAGGAUGUGAAAUGGAUCACGUGAAAUCACAUUAGAUGUCCUUAACAAUUGUCAGCUCACAGGAGUGGGAGACUUUCUGCCCAGAGGAUACCAGGAGUUGGGGCUCGGUGUGACUGUGACAAGUUUGACAUCUCAUACAAAUAAGUGUAAUACUCCUCCCUCCCACAGACCCGCUACUGAAGGUCCUUGGACUGGGAGGAGUCAUAGCUGUGGGUCAUCUGCCUUGUUGGAGGCAAGACAGGAAGAUUCUAAAGCAGCUGUUGUGACAUGGACCUUAGUAGAGCUCAUUUCCAUCUUUAUGUUGCCCACGUUGAUUUGUUAUUUCUUUUUUACUUUGACAUUGACCUUGAUGUUGGUUCACUAUGCUUUUUUUAAAAUAAAAGUAGUAAAUUUGGGACCGGAGCGAUAGCACAAUGGAUAGGGUGCUUUGCCUUGCAUGCGGCUGACCCGGGUUUAAUUUCCAGCAUCCCAUAAGAUUCCUCAAACCCUUCUAGGAGUGAUUCCUGAGUGCAGAGUGAGGACUAAGCCCUGAGCAUCACUGAGUGUGGCCCAAAAAUCAAAGCAAAAUAAAUGAAAGUUGUAAAUUUUAGUUAAAACAGGGUAAAGUCUUGUCCCUUAAUCCUGUCCACUUACCCCAUUAUGACUUUCGCUUCUCAUGCUUCUCUUUCAUAAGAACAUUUCACUCAACAUCAGAGCUAUUUCAGUUUCUUGGAAAGAUUAUAGUACAGAGCCGGGCCAAUAGUAUAGCAGAUAGGGUACUUGCUUUGCAUACAGCCAAUGCAGGUGCAAUCCCAAGCAAUCCAUAUGGUCCCCUGUGCAAAGGAGUGAUCCCUCAGCACUGCCAGGUGUGACCCCCCUCUCCCCAAAAACAAAAGUAUAGUACAAAGUCAGACUGGCACUUUAGGUAACUUGAAGAUAACUUGUACUCUUCCAGCUGCCUUUCAUUCCCCUGCCUCCCCCAGCCCUCCCCCCUUUUUUUUAAUAUAUAUGCCCUUACAGAUUUUGUAACAACCAAAUAAAAUUCUAGCAAUAAAUUGAAUUAUACUGCUCUAUUUGUAUAUAUUGUACCGUAGAUAGUGUGACUGUACCUGGAGGUAUUUUUUUGAGAACUGAUUUAUAUGAAAUAUACUUGAGGGUAAUGUAGCUUGUCCUUUUUAGUUUCAAAUUCUUAUUCAUAGGCAGAUACUUGGAAGACACCUUAACUCUUUGUUGUGUGUGCUUCUGUCAUAUCAGGUACAUGGAGAAGUCAGUUUAGUUUUAGUUCUUUAAUGUAUUUUUAGUUCUUCCUACCUUGCUUGCCCAGCUGGCAUCAUCCUUGACGCGGUUAGUCAUCACCAUCUCUCCUGCUGCCCAGUUUGGCAAGAAUGUAUAUGUCAUGCUCACAUACAUGCUUGCCUGCCUUAGGAAGUGUCCUGUCUCCCUGGCAGAACUACAGUGUCUUGAGGGGCUGAGCAGACUCACUGGCUUUGAAAGAGAUCCCUAAACACCUGUUAUUCAGUGUGAAUUUGAGGUUUUUAUUUGCAAGCACCCUAGCCAACCAGUCAGCUGCCACCUCAGCUCCGGGUGGACUGUUGGGUUGUGGUGGUGAGCUUUUGGUUUUAAGUAUGUUGACCUUUUCCCUCUGGUAGCUCCUGCUGCUGUUCUUCUCAGAUGCCCAGAACAGUGUACCCUGGUCCUUUUGCCUUUUGCCCUGUGACACAUGGUAUGAAGCCUUGAAUCCGAGAGGUAAAAAGGUGUUUCGAGAAGAGAAGCAGCAAAGGAAAAGCAGCAAAAAGACCUGAGGAAGGCCUGUAGUGACAUCUGUGAGCAGCAGAGCUAGAGGGGGCCAGCUGUGCCUGCUGCUGCCCACACUCCCUUUCUGUAGCAUUUCAAACUCAAUUCAUGGCCACUGGACAGAGCCUCAGACCGCCCUGACUGCCCCACCUGGCUGCCCAUGCUGGUGACAGUUGAAGAUUCUGUGAUGGGUUCAUACUCAUAAUGACCUGCUCUUGACUUGCUUUUAGUGACAGCUUUUGUUUGUUCCACACCUCAUUGGCUUGCUACCCAACACCAGCUAGAUAUGGUACCUUCCUUCAUAUCCAAAACACAUUUGGGCAUUCCUAAGACUUUAUAGAGCGUGUACUAUUUAUUAUAUGAAUCUCACCUACCUUUUUUUUCUCAUAUUAAGAAAUGUAAAUCUACUUUAGUGGAGCUAUUUUGGUAAUAUAUGUACACUUUUGGUUCUGUUUGGGGAGUGAAUUUAUAAUUUGAGCUUUGCUUAUUCACUAAUCCAGCCAUUUCAAUUGAUUGAAAUAAAACAAUUCCUUUUUCUUC